GGUAUUUCGGUGUAAAGUCUCAGAGAAUCAAUCAUAAGCAAAGAUGGGGAUUUGCUGCUCAACAAAUUCUGUUGUUCCAAUUUACAAUAUGGCUGAAAUUCAAAGGCAACUUGAAAUUGUUCAAGAUGAUCUAUUGAGAGAAUUUCAAGAUAUGGGCUUUCCAACUAAUACUAAACUUCGAAUGGCAAACAUUGAAUGGUACCAAAUGGUUCAACGUAGGGGAAUACCUUUACCUCCAACACUUAUUUACCCAAAUCCAUUCACAAAAGAGGAAAUACUGCGUAACUAUGAUUUUACGAAAAUAGAUAAAUUUGCUUUAUCAAAGAAAUCAUCAUGUUUUCUAUCAAAGACACCAAGUGACGCUGUAGCUAGUUUAACAAGAAGAUAUAGAAAUGAUGAGAUAGAAAAGUUUAGAGUACUCUUUCGUUGGUUUGCAUCUUUAAAUCUUCAUUCUAUUAACUAUAGCGAUGUGAAAGUGAACGAAAUUAGAUAUUUAAUGUACCAAAUACAUAGAGGUCAAAUGUCGCACUCUGAAGUACUAUGCUGGAUUUGUGUUCACGCAAAUAUAGAUUGUAUAGAGAUCAAAGGUCAUCAGAAACACGAGCAAUUUGAUUUUGGAGAAGAAUUGACUGAUGAUUUGCGAGGCUCUUGGAAUGCUGUCCGUCUAAACAAUCUAUGGUUUCUUUGUAAUGUAAGGUUUGCCUCCCGUUCAGUAAAUGCAAAUGAAAGGGUAUAUUCCCCACUUCUGAAGUUUUUCGAAACAAAAGUUUAUGAACGAACACUUACAUAUAAAUACAACGAUUUCUAUUUCCUAACGAAUCCUGAAGAAAUGAUUUACAGUCAUUUGCCAACAAAUGCUAAACACGAGUUACUGGCUAGAGAAGUUAGCAAUCUAGAAUUCAGAGAUCAAGUCAAUCUUUCACAAAAUUUCUUCAGUUUGCGCCUUGGCAUUGUCUCUCACCCAAAAGGUAAAAUCAUAGCUAAUUCCAUAAAAAAUGAAAUUAUCAUACAGACAAACGAGAGUCUUCCAGUAUUCUUUUGGAAUGAACUCUUAAUAGAUAAUAGAACUUGGCUAACGUCUGAAGUCAAUGAUAGGGUACAAACGGGAAAUGUUGACUCGCAAAAGUUUAUCGCAAUGUUUCAAGACAAACAGAGACAUUUAUUAAUUAUACGACUCAGACUUCCACAAUCUGCCAGAUAUAAGCUUCAAUUGUUUGCUAAUAGAUACAAAGAAAAAAUGACAUACCUUAAUUGUUUGGAAUAUGCUAUCAAUUUUACAAAAUACGAAAAUAUAAACGUUGAUCCUUUCCCACAUGUUCAUCAAAAGGAACUUGGGCCAAAUUAUCGAACUACUAAGUUGAAUUUUAUAAAAAUGACUCCUGAAUUAGGAAUGUAUUAUACUUCUGAUAGUUUUACUGAAAUUCGCUUUGAAGCAGAUGACGAUGAGUUUGACAUCUAUGUUGUCAUUACAAGCUGUGGGUACACUUCCGAAUCAUUGAGAAAGUAUUGCAUCUCAACAUUCGAACACAGGCGUGGACUUGUCAAAUUCUAUUUUCCGGAUUGUGGAGAGUAUGGUAUCAAUAUUUAUGCAGAAAGUAGAAGACCUAAAUAUUGUUGCAGUUGUCUCUGCUUCAACUUUUGUGAAAAAGACGAACCGAAUGACUACCCGUCUUUGUGUUCUUACAUCGCUGUGUGCACUCAAACACCAACGAACACAGUCAUUUUCCCUAAGAAUGAUAGGAUAACAAUUGGCAAGAGGACUGCAUUCCUUAGAUUAGGGUUGGUUGUUGACCAAAAUUUCCAAUCCUAUCAACAAUGCAGAGAAUCCAUAAACUUUAAAUUUAAUAAGAGUAAAGCUUGUCAAUUUAAGAUUAAAUUACUUUCAUUUACCGACAAUGAAGAGGAGAUUGAUUGCAGCCAAUAUGCAUUCAUUGAAAAUUCUCUGAACAGUGUUAAAUUUUUUCUAAAUUUUCCAUAUAAGGGAAUGUUUAAAUGUUUCAUCUAUGGAAAAAAAUUGAAUUCUAGGAAAAGUUACAAAUUAAUCUAUAUUUGCUACUUUGAUGUGAUUCAAGCAGCUAAUAAUGUAAUUAGUUUUCCACAAAUAACCGAUAAAUGGAGAAUCAGCGAAACUCAUAGGAUCAUCGAACCACUGAGGAAUCUUCAUUGCGACGAAUCUGUACAAUUCCAAAUUACAGGAAUUCAGUGUCAGAAAAUGAUUUGUCGACGUAAUCGACGCAGAGACAAUACUAAUAAUGACGAUGAAAACAGUGGAAGUGGUGAUGGUGAUGCAUGUGACGAUAACAAUGAUAGAGAUGAUGAUAUAAUCAACUUUACGUGCGAAAAUGAUGUUUGGACUACUAAUGUUGAUACUGGCAAUCAAACAGACGAUUUAAUAAUAGAAAUUAAAUUACGCGAACGUGCAAAAUUCUUCACUGAAAUUUUAAGGUACAAAGUUUCUGAACAGCCAAGAAUCGAAGAUGAAUCUGGAGAACGGAAGGAAGAGUUAAUAGCAGUUAAUAAUGACGCAAAAAUGGAUACUAAUGAGGUAAGAAUUGAGCAGAUUAAUUGGUUAUUGGAAUUGGAGAAGCAUGUUUACAUGAGUGAAUUUAUUAAUGAAGAUCUGAUCAAAGCAACAGAAGAUAGUCAAGAAAAGAUAAAUGUAAGUAACGUAUAAUUAAUUAUUGCUAACAUAGUAGAAAACUACUAUUAUUCUGUUUUUUUUAGCCAAUGGAACUCGAUUGGGAGAAUAGACUUCAUAAUAAUGAAGAAAACGAAAAAGAAAGAGAUGGAGAAAAAAGAGACAAAGGAGAAGAAGGAGAAGUUGAAGAGAAACCAGAAGCAAAAAAAGAGGGCGAUAAUGAAAAUGGAAAUAACGAGGAGAGAAAACCGGAAGAAAGUCAAGAAAGAGGCGCAGAAGCGGCUGUUGCAGAAAAGAGAGAUACGAAAAAUGAAGCAUAUAAUAUAAGCUUUAUAAAAAAAAAAUUAAACAAAGCAAUAGAAGAUCAAGACUACAAAAGAAUGAUACCUGUUAUACAGUUAGCAUCGGAGGAACCAUAUUGUCAUCAAUUGAGAAAUGAAUUACUUACAGCUAAUGAACUAAUGGAAAAUUUGAAACAGAUUGAAAUGUUAAAAUUGAGAAUAUUAAAAUUAGAAGAAAGACUUAUCACUGAAUUGCAUAAUUUAAAUCCUCUACCAGAUGUUGUACAUACAGUUAUACAAGCAGUACUACUGGUUUUGUCAAUAUCUGAAGCAGAAUCUAAAGAUUGGAAGGAAUGUCAGCUUUAUAUUAAAUUUAUUUCUUCUAUGUCAAUACUAAAAAAGAUAGAUGAACUAAAUAUAUUGAAAAUUCAUCCUGGUAUUAUACUAAGAGCUGAUGAGAUAUUAUCUUCAGUUGAUUUAAAACUAGUGACAAACGCUAGUAGAGCAGGAGCUGCAAUUUUCGCAUGGCUUAAGCAGAUUAUAGAAAUCUAUAAGAGAGUAUAUCAUGAUCAAAUAUCAAGAUUUAAGCCUUCUGGAAUUGAAGAGCAAAUAAGAUUUUUUGGAAAGAAAUAAACUAUUAUAUAUCUACAAAACUUAACAUCAUUUUAUUUUAAACAUUGUAGUUAGUGUGUUUUGUUUGUUUUUUAAUUGUUAAUAAUAAAACUAAUAAGGUGAUAAUGAUACA